CUGAUGGAACCAAAUUCAGGAUUAACAUAUAUGAGGAAGACAUAGUGUUUUUCAAUAUUAAAAUCAAAUCUGAAGAAUUGAUACCAGAAUAUAAAGAUGAAUUUUUACCAGAUUAUCAUGAGUUGUUUAUGGCACAACCUUUCGAUUCGACAGAAGAAUAUCGGUUUCUUCGUUUAUUUUAUCUGUCUCUUAGGGAUCGAAAGAAAGCUUUAGAUAAAAUUAUUGAAAAAAUAGAAUAUUCAGAAUCGCCAAAACUUCUUUUACUUUACUGGGAUAUUGAAACAACAUCUCUGCGAGGACCGGGUUACUUACCAUCUGGAGAAGAACCUGAUGAUUAUGUGUAUAUGAUUCAGAUCAACAGAUUUUGUCUAACGACUAUUCCGAUUAAUCACGUGAAAUUUUUAUCAAAAUAUGGAUCUAGUUUACAAUGUGAUCCUAAAGAUUACCAUAUAAUUCAAUUAGAAUCUCAGCAAGAUUUAAUAUUAAAAUUUGCAGAAUUAUAUCAGAGUUAUUCACCAGACAUCGAAUUCGGAUUUAAUACGGGAGGAUACGACUGGAAUUUUAUACUACGAAAGUCGAUGGUUCUUGAGAUUUAUGACCAGUUUGUUUCGAUAAUAACAAACACAAAGUCCAACACCAAUCUAAAAAUUCAAGAAAUUCAGAUACGAGUUGUUGAUUUGGAUAUUGAAAAAGUAAAUCAGAAAUAUGAGUUCGCAGGAAUAAACAUAAACAAUCGGAAGAUAAAGGUUAAUCCUAUGGAAACGAUGAAAUGUGAAUUCUUAAAAAUCCCAAGGACAAUUUUUAUCGAUUUGCUAAUUUGGUCAAAAAAAACAUUCCAAACUGAAAUUAAAAAUACGCUCGAUGUAGUAUUAAAAC